UUAGAAGCUGUGCUCGCACUUUGGAAUAGCAGCUCUGGAACAGGCAGUGGAGGUGGAAGUGAAACUGGAAGGGUGUCAUACAUCCAGGUCUUCGUCUUUGUUUGGUAAUACAAUCAGUAGCAGGCAUAUCAUAUUGAUACACCCAGAAGCAGUAAACCUGGGCUCUCUGCCACGGAACACAGUCGGCCAUCGUGCAAGCGGGGCCGCGAGUUCGGCCCUUGCGUCACGGAUCGACGCAUGGCUGCAGCCGUGAGGUCCAGCAGUUACGCGGCCUCGGCGCCCCCCUGCCGGCCACGCUCGCUGCCCCUCGCCCUGCCUGUGCGCGCGGUCGCCCACCUAUCAGCCAGCACCAGCAGUGCUGCAUCCCACUUCACGGCUCCCGCCUCCAUAUCAGCCAGCGGGCACUGUAGGCAUCCGCACCAGCGGCGUAGCCGCAGGCACGGUUCCGAGCGGGGCCUGCGCACGUGCCGUGCUUCGGCUGCGGCGGGGGGCUUUGGCCUCGGCAGCUCUAGUGACGACGACAUGGGCGACCCGGCGGUACGGCAGCAGCCACGGGACGGCAUGACGGCCUUCCUGGCGGCUGUGAAUGACCUGACCAAGUGGGCGGUGUCGGCUGCGGUGUUUGCGGUGCUGCUGGUCCGCCGCGACACAGCAGUGGCCUGGUGUGUGCUCGGCUCCAUCAUCGCGUCCUUCAUAAACAAAGCACUCAAGUACAUUAUCAAUGAGCAGCGGCCAGCCAACGCACGCAAGGCCGACCCAGGCAUGCCCUCCUCCCACGCAAACAGCCUGGCCUUCUUGGGUGCCUACACCGCACUGGCACUGGCGCAGGGCGCCGCCUCCCCCACCAGCCCCGCCGGCCUAGGGGCCGCGGGCGUGCUGGCGCUAAGCCUGUUCCUGACAUGGCUGCGGGUACGGCUGGGCUACCACACGACGCCCCAGGUAGUGGUGGGCUACGGCCUAGGUGCCGCCACCGCCGCCGCCUGGCACUGGGCCGCCACGCACCACGUGCUGGAGGCGCUGCAGGAGCGGCCCGAGCUGCGGGCGGCCGUGUACGGCUGUACGGGAGUGGCAGUGGCACUCUUUGCCGUACGGAAUGUGCUGGCAUGGUUCAAGGAGAAGGAUCACGACAAGAAGGGGGCCAAGACGGCGUGACGAGGGCUCGGAGGGAUGCACUAAAAGGGGAAAGCAAGCCAACGGAUUGUGCGGCGACGAAGAGUGGGUGUUAAGAGGUCAUGGUGACUGAAUACUUUCAACAAUGUGGGUGGCAUCUGUGGCAUCGAUGCCACUUUAUUGUGGGUGCGCUGCUCGUAACGGCGUAUAAGGUCGUGUGCUGCCGUGUGACACGCCACGCGACCCCCCAGGGAGAAUGGAACACCAAAACAUUUCGCGACUAGGCGGGUGUUGUUCUUGCUGGGGGACGAGCGGCCCAAGGAACGGGUAGGGAGGGUUCUGGCAGCACACGCAGGGUGUAUGAUGACACACUGGGUGUUUUGUACCUCCAGCUCGUGGGAGUAGAUGAGCUACGCCUUGGAUAGGGGUACAGUCGUUUACGGCGGAAGGUAGGUUAGGGUAUCGAGACGGAGCAGCAGUACGGAAGGUGACGGUGGCUUGAACUGGAGACCUUAUUAGUGGGGGUGUGUGAACGGUCUGGGGUUUCACACGCACGGCGUGGCAGAGCGGGAUGGGCUGUGUCACGUGCUGUGAGUGGGGAUCUUGGGCUUGGGUUAACCCGAAGCUAUGCUACUAAUGCUAGCUGCGCCGAGCGUUUAGCUGUGGGAGACGGGGUCGGGUCUGGAUCGUGCGUCGAGGAGACCCAGGGGAACUUGAGGGAGAAGAGAGAAAGUGGGGAGAAGGGGCUUGCAGGCACGAGGUCGCUGCAGCUGGGCCGUUGUCGGCAGGCUGACUUGGCUGGGUUGCCGAGGGUCAGAGUCGGAUAGCGUUCACGGCUGGCGGUUGAGUCCUAGCCGGAGGGAGACGGGGAAAGACACAAGGGCAGGCACCAAAGUACUUCGUGUUCGUUGCAGUGGUUGGCCCUUUCAGGUACUCGGAAGGCCAGGUAGUCUGUGCUGGGCACCGGAUACUUGGAAACAACUCCGUCAACGUUUAAGUAUGGCCGGCGCCUUUGUACGACUCCAUGUCACUUCCAUGCACGUCCAGCUCAGCAUUGUCUCUCGUUGCACACUUCCGUCAGCUACUUCGCCGACUGUGUAAAUCAUCCGAGUC